AAAGUGUAGAAAAGAGAAUCACUGGCUGUUCAUUCACUGGGUAAAGUGUGGAUAUAGGCAAAAAUAGUAGAAAAUUAAAAAUAAACAAAACAAAAAACAAGCCAGGCUAUUUUUGUAAUUACUGAAGGAAAAAAACUAGUGCAGGGGCCAGCCCAACACCCACACAGAUCAAAUUAUCUCUGUCUUCCUCCUUUCUAUAUCCCGGCCUUCAACAAGUUCUAACUGUUGAAUGCAGCAGCGUCUCAGCCAACCCACUAUCUUGUGGUUUCUGCUGAGUUCCUGAUUUUCAUCUGUUCCUAAAGAGAAGCAAGAAGUCUGCGAUCAAGUGCUCCUACACAGCCUACCUUGAGACAUAUGCUGAAGUGAGUGCUGUCUGACUUGCACAGAAAGAAGGUAAAGAGAAGGAGGCAUCUUUACUUUGAGAAGACAAGCUAGUGGAGGAAAACAGACAAGAAGAGUUUACUUCAGCUAGAAACUGUGUCGCUAGUCAAGAGUGUCAAGUGUGUUCAGAAUCCUUAAAGACGAAACACUGUGGCGGCUCAGAGAUGACAAGCGCUCACUAGGAUAAGCUACUUCACGGAAAGAAGACCUCACUUUAUGAAAAAACAAACAAACAAAAAAAGGCCUUUCCCUGAGGAGUUACAAGAUGUUCAACUCCACCACGCAGCCUCCAGACCUGCCCUGCUCGAGGAACACCCUGAUCACUCAGCAGAUCAUCCCUGUGCUGUACUGCAUGGUCUUUAUCACUGGGCUCCUACUCAACGGAGUGUCAGGAUGGGUCUUCUUUCACGUGCCCAGUUCAAAGAGCUUCACUGUCUAUCUCAAGAACAUUGUUGUUGCUGACUUUCUAAUGAGUCUGACUUUUCCUUUUAAGAUCAUUAGUGACUCGGGCCUAGGUCCCUGGCAGCUGAACGUGUUUGUAUGUAGGGUCUCUGCUGUUGUCUUCUAUGUCAAUAUGUAUGUCAGCAUCGUGUUCUUCGGACUCAUAGGCUUUGACAGAUACUACAAAAUUGUAAAGCCCCUUUCGACUUCAUUCAUCCAGUCAGUGAACUACAGCAAGCUGUUGUCGGUGGUGGUAUGGAUGCUCAUGCUCAUACUCGCUGUGCCCAACAUCAUCCUGACCAACCAAAGUGUUGGGGAGGUUAAGAAAAUACAGUGCAUGAAACUUAAAGAUGAACUGGGUCGCAAGUGGCACAAAGCAUCAAACUACAUCUUCGUGGGCAUUUUCUGGGCUGUGUUUCUUUCACUAAUCAUUUUCUACACAGCAAUCACAAGGAAAAUCUUUAAGAGCCACCUUAAGUCCAGAAAGAAUUCCAUUUCAGUCAAAAGGAAAUCUAGUCGCAACAUAUUUAGCAUCAUGUUCGUAUUUUUUGUGUGUUUUGUACCAUACCACAUUGCCAGGAUCCCCUACACAAAGAGUCAAACUGAAGGUCAUUACAGCUGCCAGUCAAAAGAACUCUUACUCUAUGUGAAAGAAUUCACUCUGCUACUGUCUGCUGCAAAUGUAUGCCUAGACCCUAUUAUUUAUUUCUUCUUAUGCCAACCAUUUAGAGAAAUUUUAUGUAAGAAACUGCCUAUCUCACUAAAAACUUAUGACGUGGACAUUGCCAAAGCCAGAAGAGGAAACACAAUUCAUGAAAGCACAGAUACUCUAUGAAUUGUCACCCACUUCCAAGCUAAGUCCACGCAUGCAUGCUGUCUGACAUCUUCAAUUACAUGAUAACUGAAUGAACAAAUAACAUAACCAUCAUAGCAACACAUCACUCAAUACAAAUAUUAAAUUUAAUAUGCUUAGCACAAUAAAAUUCAAAUGAAGUUUCCAUGUUUUGUAGCAUCAAACUUAAAAAAAAACCAUUAGAUUUUUCUAAUGCUGUAUUUACUUUUCUUUUUAAUAAGAAAAAUAUGCAUAUAACUAUUCAAUCACACUCCAAAAAGGUUUAAAUUUAUAAUAAUUGAAGUAGAACUUAAUAAACAGGAAGAAACCAAACAUAAUUUACAUAGGUUUCUUCUUUGUCUGAAGACAAGAAUUAAAUUAGUAAGAUAUAAACUUUUUAACAGAAUCCUUAAAGAUCAACUUAAAGCAGACACUGUUUGAUAAAGGGCUAGUGUAUUGAAAAAAUCAAGUUUUCUCUGAUUUGAAGCAAGAUAAGCAGAUAUCCAGAAAAAAAAAAUUUUAAAGAUUCCAUACUGAUUUACCUCACUGAAUUUCAAAGAAAAGCAGAUACAAUAAAUUAUGUACUUUACAAUAAUACUUUACAUUUUGAAGGAUAUUAGGUAAAUGUUAAAUAUACCUUACAUGCAAAUUUAUUUAAGGCACUCAAGGAAGUCUGAAGAUGUCACAUUAAAAUAUUUUUAAGUGGACUCUACUGAGAAAAGCUAAGAAUUAGAAUGUGUUGCCAGCAAUUUAUCAAAAGUAUGGGGAGGGAGACAGGAUGACUAGGAAAAGACACACACCAGAAUGUAUCUUAUUCUCUCAGGGAGUUAGCAGGGACAGUUUUCUCAGAAACCAAGUGGACCUGAUUUUUUAAAAAGAUUGAAAAUGUAAAAUAAUGUGUGAAUGCAUCAUGCUCUCUGCAAGCCACUGUAUUUUAAUACAUGGAAAUGAAGGAUAUGGUUGUUGGUAUAUGAGUUAAUAAAACUAAUUUCUUUACUAUUUGCUGUCUAGAAGACAUUCAGCCCAUCUUUCAAAUGUUUUCACACACAUUUUUAAGUAAUAUUUGUAUCUAUUUCAUGUUUUACUGUAUAUGUAACAAUAAAAUUCUUUUUAAUGCUGUCA